UGUUCAACUUAACUAGAAUGGCUCCAAGAUGCUAUUGGUCUCUGUAAAAGAAAAGAACAAAUGAGGUGAGAACUGAACUGAGAGGGUCAUUUCCCUUUAAAUUAAUGCAUUGUGAAAUAAAAAAAGAUGAUGGGAGUGGGAAAUGAUGAGCAUGCUUAUUUUGCCACCGUCAAGUAGCAGCGCUGACCGUGCCACAGCCACCGCAACCGUAGUGUGAUGCUCGUAAAACCCAACCGAUAUCAAAAUAGGGGAAGUAGUUGUUGUCGUCGUCUUCAAAGAGGUGUGAGGGUUAUUGUACACAACCUUCUUCCCCUUGCUUGUGCAAAGAAAUUGUUUUUGAAUUCAAAGCCGUGACAACCUGGUCAUAAAGAUGGAAGAAGUUUGUCUGAAUAGUGAGCCAUUUUUUGAUGAAAGCGAUGAUGUUGAUGUUGAAGGCUCUUCUGUAGUAGAACACGGGCUUGAAUCUUUAAAUUCAAAACCAAAAAACCCUCCAGUUCCAACAGUGGGUCUAGAGUUUGAUUCCUUUGAGGAAGUUUACAACUUCUACAAUAUCCAUGCAAAGGAACAAGGCUUUGGAAUCAGAGUUAGCAAUUCAUGGUUUAGAUCAAAGAAAAAAGAGCGCUAUAGGGCAAAACUUAGCUGCAGUAGUGCUGGUUUUAAGAAAAAAAGUGAAGCCAAUAAUCCAAGACCAGAAACAAGAACUGGUUGUCCUGCAAUGAUAGUGAUUAGAAUGGUUGAGUCCAGGAGAUGGAGAAUAGUGGAAGUUGAGCUUCAACACAACCAUAGUCCACAGAGCAAACAAUUUUAUAAGUCACACAAGAAGAUGGUCCUUGAAGCCAGCAAAUCACAACCACCUCCAGAGCCAGUAACAGAAGUACACACCAUCAAGUUGUAUCGAACAACUGUCAUGGAUGUUGAUUACAAUGGUUACUCAAAUUCUGAAGAAAGCCAUGACACCAAUUUUGAUAAAUUUAAAUAUUUGGAACUUAGAGAAGGGGAUUCCAGUGCUAUAUAUAAUUAUUUUUGUCGAAUGAAGUUGACUGAUCCAAAUUUCUUUUACUUGUUUGAUAUUGAUAAUGAUGGGCACCUAAAAAAUGUUUUCUGGGCUGAUUCCAGGUCAAGGAUUGCUUAUAAUUACUUUAAUGACACAGUUACAAUAGACACAACUUGUUUGGCAAACAAAUAUGAGAUCCCUUUGAUAUCGUUUGUUGGUGUAAACCAUCAUGGACAUUCUGUAUUAUUGGGCUGUGGCUUCCUUGGACAUGAAUCAGUGGAUUAUUUCGGAUGGAUAUUCAAGGCAUGGCUUAAGUGUAUGCUUGGUCGUCCUCCACAUGUUGUUAUUACUGACCAGUGCAAGCCAUUGCAAAUGGCAGUUGCUCAGGUUUUCCCUCAUGCUCGUCAUUGUUAUUCUUUGCAGUAUAUCAUAGAAAGAGUUCCAGAAAAGUUGGGAGGGUUGCAAGGAUACGUAGCAAUCAGAAGACAGAUGUAUAAUGCUAUAUACGAGUCAUUAAAGAUAGUUGAGUUUGAAUCUUCUUGGGCUGAUAUGAUAAAAUGUCAUGGACUGGGAGAUAACAAGUGGCUUCAGACAUUGUAUAAGGAUCGGCAUCUAUGGGUCCCUGUUUACCUAAAAGAUGUUUCUUUGAUAGGACUGAUCUCAACUAAAGAAAAUGAGGGUCUGACUGCAUUUUUUGAUCGUUAUGUGCAUAAACACACAUCCUUUAAGGAAUUCCUUGACAAGUAUGACUUAGCUCUGCACAGGAAGCACAUGAAAGAAGCCAUGGCAGAUUUGGAGAAUAGAAAAGCAAGCUUUGAAUUCAAAACGAGAUGUAAUUAUGAGGCCCAACUCUCAAAGGUGUACACAGAAGAAAUCUUUAAAAAGUUUCAAGUAGAGGUUGAGGGCAUGUAUUCUUGCUUCAACACAAGACAGGUUAAUGUCAACGGAUCUAUAAUAACAUACAUUGUGAAAGAAAGAGUUGAAGUUGAGGGGAGUGAGAAGGGAGUUAAAAGUUUUGAAGUUUUAUAUGAGACUACAAAAUUGGAUAUUCGAUGCAUUUGCAGUUUGCUCAAUUACAAAGGAUAUCUGUGCAGGCAUGCAUUGAAUGUUCUCAAUUAUAAUGGCGUUGAGGAAAUCCCAUCUCGGUACAUCCUACGCCGUUGGACGAGGGAUUUCAAGCAUUCGUGUAAUCAAUUCCAUGCUCCUAGUAAUACUGAUACCUACAACCCUGUGCACUUGUAUACCCAUCUGUUUAACAGUGCUCUUCCAGUGUUAGAAGUAGGGGCACAGUCACAGGAGCAUUAUAUGGUUGCUCUAAAGGAAUUGGAAGAGUUGCUAGAUAAGUUUGAUAUAGAGGAUAGUAACUCAAUGUAACUAAUCAAUACAAGAUCCUCAUUCCCCACUUAUAACGAUUUUACUCCUAAUUGACUGUUUAUAAUCUUCAUGUGCUUGGUUUAUUCAAGAUUUUGUGGUACUGAUGAUUGUAUAAAAUGAAAUGGCAAUUCCAUACUUUUUCUUUUAAAUGAUUUUGGAUCUGUUGAUACUAAGACAUAAGUAAGCACUCUAGCUUUUCACCUUUAAAUUGUAUUAGGCAUAAUUAUAAUCAUCAACCAUUCAUCAGCAGUUGCUUCAUACAGAUUCCCUGAGAACUUUGCUAGUUUGUAUAUGUUCUUGGAGAUUUUUUUUCCCCCAGUGAGUCAGCUUUAGGCUCCAUUUCAAAACGAUUUUUAAAACUACUAAAUAAUGAUACUACCAGUCAUUGAGAAAAUAAGAUUGCAUACUUUGAUUUUGUCUAUGACUAGCAUAUUGAUACUACCAGUCAUUUAGAAAAUAAGAUUACUUUCACAUCAAGUUACAUACGGCCUGAUGGGUAUCAAGAAGGAAGUAUUGGCCAGAAGAAAGGAGAGUCCAAGAGGCAACCACAAAGGCAAAGAGUGGAUUGUCUAGAAAACAAAAAGGUAAUGUUGAGCUGGCAAAAUUAGUUAUAGAGUGAUAAGUCCAGUAUUUAAUACUAUACAGAAAGAAAGAGAUACUUCUUAUUCAAUGAAGAUCUAUUUCUUACUAAUGUAGUAGGGAAAUAGACAAGAACAACAAUUACAUUUGAGGUAUUUCGAGAGGCCGCACUCUCCACAACCUUUUCCCACCAAAACUAAGAUACAACAACAUAAUCUCCUCCCACACCUAAAAGAGACUAGCUUGAAAUAUUCCAUGAAAUAUUCAACAGAAAAAUCCCCAGAGGGAGGAGCGAAGUCACUAAAGACGACAAGAGGUAGCAAUCAUCGAGGCUUUUAAAGAAAUUACAAGGUGAUGCACUUGAUGAAUUCCGUUAAUCAGUAACAAAGGUGGAACUACCCAUGUCCACUUGAGAGGAUCCAACAGGGUUCAAGAGACCAGCGAUCAAGUUUGAACCAAUUGGUCCGGUUAUGUAUGGAGGGAGGAACCAUACACUUCUUCAAUUCCUUGUUGAGUGACGAAGAAGAUUUAUUGUGGGAGAAAUUCAAACAAGCCUUGCUAGAUAUAUAUGGUUGGUUAGCUGAAGGGAAUGCUUAUAAUCAGCUAACUGCACUUCGGCAAACUAGCGAUGUUCAACAAAUAUAAUAAGGAUUUUAAAUGCUUGAUCGCUCAAAUCCCCAAGAUUCUUGAACAAUAAUAUUUUGCAUAUUUCCUUCAUGGAUUGAAUGAGGACAUUGAAAAGAGGGUGCGAAGUUUACUUGCUUUGGGAACAUUGUUGAAUUGGGAAAGGACAAAGUAGUCAGUCAAUACAA